AUGGGUGUCCUUUCUGCCCCAUCAAGUCCUGAACAGAUCCAUGUCCUAAACACCGUUAUAGUUAUUGUAUCUAUCUUGUCUGCCUUGGGAGCAGGAUGGAUAAUAUUCAGCUUCACGAUCUUCCGCUCUCUGAGAACUUUCAGGCAUCAAUUGAUCUUGGGACUUGCCAUCAGUGACUUUUGGAUGGCCAUAAAUUUUCUGAGCAGCAGUACAAAGAAUCUUGCGGGUCCAAACAUUGGGGAUUCAUUGGAGAAGACGUUCUGCAGCUUCAAUGGGUUCAUGAUCCAAGUGUUUGUAGUUCAGACUGACUACUGGGUCUUAACGAUUGCCAUCUGCACAUAUCUUAUUCUUACCAACCAUAAGCACCAAUCCUCCUGGAUCCAAGAGCAUAGAGUUGUUGUCUGGCUCCUUCCGUGGGUGUUAUCUCUACUGUGGGCAGUAAUUGGUUUGGCAGUGGUUGGGUACGGCGACAUUGGCGCUUGGUGCUGGUUCACCAGUGAUCGAACUCGAUUGCUCGUCAAUUUUCUCCCACGAUGGGUGAUCAUCAUCACCAUUCUUGGACUCUAUCUUCGACUUUACUUCAUCAUCCACAAAGCACACAACCGUUUCAUGUCCUUCGACGAAGAUGCUAGCGGCAGUCUGCAGACUGGUGGAUCAUCAGCAAAUCGAACUGCAUCAAGGCUUUCCAUGAACGUAUCGAAUGGUGCCGAUGAUGACUGCGAGCGGGCCGGGGCACAAAGCAGACAUACAAGGAUCGGAAGAGCAUCUCCUGUGUUGAAGAGGAUCUCGUAUCAAAUGAUGACUUAUCCGCUCGUCUACAUGGUUAUAUGGACUAUUCCUACUUCCAUCCGAAUCUACCAAGCCACGACUGGCAAGUCUGCUCCAUUUGCUAUUGGAACUGUCGAUAAGGCUUGCAUUGUCAUCCAAGGGUUCGCCGACGCGAUUGUAUACGGAGCGAACGAGAGCACAUGGAGGCUAUGGAGGAAGGUGUUCAGCAAAUCCGAGACGAAAGAGUAA